ACGCGCAUCUGCUUUUAAAUUCUGUUAGUGGGCUUGACUCCUGUGAAUAUUGGCUUCUCAAACUUUUAAAGUUUCGACAGAGUCACGGAAUUAAGCCUAACCAUCGGAAAUCCUUAUCGUUGCUGGCUGCUUUUGUAUGAGUCAGAAACCCGAAAAACCGACACUAUCAGGUCAACGCAUCAAGACCAGGAAAAGAGAUGAGAAGGAGAAAUACGACCCAGUGGGUUUUCGUGACGCCCUUCUACAAGGGUUUGCCGAGGCCGGCUCCGACCUAGAAGCAGUUCACAAGUUUCUUGACUCUGCUGGGUCCAAGUUGGACUACCGUCGCUACGGGGAGGUCAUAUUUGACAUUCUCCUUGCUGGAGGAAUUCUAGCUCCUGGAGGUAGCCUCAUUGUGGAUGUAGACUCGGCCAAGCCCUCACAGACGGACACCUGCAUUUUUGCUGCCCCCAACAGCAUUGACGCACUCAAAAACUACGCCCAGCUCAUCACUAAGCUCAUCCGAAGGUACAAGUACCUGGAAAAGACGCUUGAAGACGAGUUCAAGAAGGUUUUGAUAUUCUUGAAGGGGUUCACACCCGAGCAGCGACAAAAAUUGGGUCGGGUGAACGCUCUCCUGUUGGCCGGGGGACAGUUGCCUGCAUCUGUGCUGGCAAAUGCACUGCAGGAUCACCUCGUAAAGGACGGCAUUGCUCUGCAGUAUCUGGUUGAUGUUCUGCAGACAUGGCUGGAAGAAAAGGAUCCCUCCACUCUGUGGGCUGUGCUUCGCAAGUCUGGUAUGGACUCCAGGCUGAUGGAGUUUUUCCCGGUAAGCAAGAGGAGCACGGAGAAUUUUACGGCCACUUUCAAGACUCACAAAAUUUCCCAGCUGCUCGACUAUCAGAGAGCUCAAAUAAGUGCCACAGUGAAAAAGGACCUGCAGCAGCAAGUUAACAGUUUUCUCAAGAAUGAUGUGCCUGUUAAAGAGAUAAUCCAGAGCGUGAAAGAAUACAUGACUAAGUAUUCCCUUCCGGAGCAUGAAGUGGUGGUUCUCCUAUGGACGACACAGAUGUCCGGCAUGGACUGGAACAAGAAAGAGGAGCUUGUGGCAGACCAAGCCCUGAAGCACCUAAGGCAGUAUACAUCCCUACUGCAGGCAUUUGCCACAACCCCAAAAGCGGAGGUGGCCCUGCUGGUGCGAAUUCAAGAGUUCUGCUACGACAACAUGAAUUUCAUGAAGGUCUUCCAGAAGAUUGUCAUCCUCCUCUACAAAGCUGAUGUCCUGAGUGAGGAUGCAAUCCUCAAAUGGUACAAGGGAUCCCACUCACACAAGGGUAAAAGCAUCUUUCUUGAUCAGAUGAAGCGCUUUGUGGAAUGGCUGCAGAAUGCAGAAGAAGAGUCUGAAGGUGAAGAUUGAGGAAGCAGGCUCCACUGAUAACCCGCACUCUACGCCUGCCACCGUGCAAUCGUCUGCCACCUCUACUGUCGGGGACAUCUUCCUUCAAAUGCCCUUCCCUUGUCGCCUUUGUACACACACAGACUAUUUUUGUAACCGGCAGCAGCAAAGGCUGUUUCGGCCCUUUGUCUGGCAACAGUGGUGACCAAGCACGCGAAGUGUAAGCACGGUGGUACAGUUGCGUAGCAGCGAAGAAGACUGGGUUACAGUCUUUGUUUUGGAAGGGGGAAUGAAUGAUAUGCAGAGUAAUGAUUCUUUUUUUUUGUCUCCCUGUUUUUUACCUAUUUGUGUCAGGCCCAUUGCUUUCUGUUCAUUAUUUUCUAAUUAAAAGUAAUAAAAUUCUGUCUCUUGUAGCAAGGAUGGGGCUGCAAGCUGGACAAAAAUG